CUCCCUAAACUAGUUCACCACUUCAAUGUCUACGUGCCGGAUUUGGUGUUUUUUGGUGACUCGUUCACGACUCGGUCGGAUCGGUCAGACUCGUUCCAGGCUCAGUGUGUGUACCGAGUCAUGGAGGUGAACUCAGUGAAGAGAAUGAGGGUGGUGGGGUUGAGUUAUGGGGGGUUUGUGGCGUAUAGUUUAGCGGCGCAGUUUAAGGAAAUGGUGGAGAUGGUGAUAUGUUGCGCCGGGGUGUGUUUGGAGGAGAAGGAUUUGGAGGAUGGGUUGUUUCCGGUGAAGAGUUUGGAGGAGGCGGCGGAGAUAUUGCUCCCGCAAACGCCGGAGAAGAUGAAGGAAUUGAUGCGGUUUACGUUUGUCAAGCCGCCCGUGAAGACUCCGAAUUGUAUACUUGUAGACUUCAUACAGGUAAUACUGGUAAUUUGACCAAUGACACGUAAAUUAAGAGAAUCCCAAUGUAACGGAGAACUAACGUCGUUUGUUCCGUUUCAAA